CCGGAGAGCGGAGGCGACGGCCUGGCUCUGCAGUCUCGAGCGGCGCAGGAUCGGCCACCGAGGCGGGUCCUUGACCCUCCUGCGUCCCCGCUUCGAGAAGGCUCAGGAACGAAGAAGGAAGCUGUGGAGUGCUGCGAAGAACAGGCGCCUGGCCCGGGGACAAAGCAAAGUUUCUUGGCGCGGAAGAAGAGAGGGCGGGAGGAGAGGGGGAGGGGGAAGGCGAAGAUGUUUAUCCAGAAGGCAUGGAGGACGGCGUCGUUUGGGCUCUACGGCUUCACCCAAUUCACCAAAUCCGGUUUCCUGGAACAUGCCAAGAAAUUCAGAGAGGAAGAUAUGCAGAUCCGGUUGGAUGGGAAAAACUGCCUGGUGACUGGAGCAAAUUCUGGCAUAGGUUUUGCUACAGCUGAGGGUUUGGCUUCACAUGGUGCUACUGUCUAUAUGCUCUGUCGUAGCAAGGAGAGAGGAGAGGCUGCUCUCAAUCAAAUAAGAUCCAAAACUGGCAAUGAAAAUGUUCAUCUGGAGAUAUGUGACCUUUCAUCUAUCAAUGAAGUCAAAUCAUUUGCAACAAAGUUCACUUCAAUGGAUAAACCGCUCCAUGUCCUUGUAAACAAUGCUGGCUUACUGGAGCACAAGCGUGAGACUACAGCAGAAGGGUUGGAGCUCAAUUUUGCUGUCAAUGUGGCAGCAACAUACACUUUAACAGAACUAGUGAUGCCAUUAUUGGAGAAAGCAGCACCAGAUGCUCGUGUCAUCACAGUUGCAUCAGGAGGCAUGUACACUGAGCCACUGAACAAGGACUUACAGUUCAGCGAAGGAAACUUCGACGGGACACUACAAUAUGCUCGAAACAAAAGAAUUCAGGUCGCACUCACUGAAUGGUGGGCUGAGAAAUACAAGGGGGUUGGUUUCUACUCCAUGCACCCUGGAUGGGCUGACACACCUGGAGUUGCCAAGAGCUUGCCGGGAUUUUCAGAGAAAUUGUCUGGAAACCUGAGAUCGAAUGACGAAGGAGCUGAUACUGUGGUUUGGUUGGCGUUGCAACCUAAGGAGAAGUUAUCGCCAGGAGCUUUCUACUUCGAUCGAGCUGAAGCACCGAAACAUUUGAAGUUUGCUGGGACCAUGUCAUCACACUCGCAGAUAAACUCCAUUGUUGAUAGCAUUAGGUCCAUAUGUGGCCUCCCUGCAUUGGGGUGAGCUGCUUUGUGAAGCAACAAGGGUACUAGGGUAGCAACAGCGAUAGCUGAUAGGUCUCUAACAUGCCAAGGGGAGCAAAAAAAAAAGCCUGCACCAGCCGGGAAUCGAACCCGGGUCUGUACCGUGGCAGGGUACUAUUCUACCACUAGACCACUGGUGCCUUUUGGUGAAAGGCUAUGAUGGGCGCACCAGUUGUAUGUGUGUAAAGAUAUUCAUUUUUGUGCAGGAAGCUAGGAGCCGUCAGACGUGGGUAUUUCUUAUAUUUCUCUUAAACAUUCUGUACUCUGGAACUGAUACAUUGCAUUUAAAUAAUUCCAUGAAGAAUAUAACUGGUGACGUCGGGAUGAAUUUAUCA